GGUUCGUUUUAUCGCCUCAAUCCUCUGGAGAUUGAAGCUCGUUGGGAUCUGAUUUGUUCCUCGUUCGAUCGAUUAGCGUUAGGGUUAGGGUUUGGAAUUUGGGGAUGGCGCAAGCUGUGGAGGAGUGGUACAAGCAGAUGCCGAUCAUCACUCGGUCGUACCUCACCGCGGCUGUUAUCACCACCGUCGGAUGCUCCCUUGAGAUUAUAUCACCGUAUCAGUUGUACCUGAAUCCAAAACUUGUAGUUCAGCAGUGGGAGAUAUGGCGCCUCAUAACAAACUUCUUGUACUUUCGGAGAAUGGACCUGGACUUCUUAUUCCACAUGUUUUUCCUUGCUCGAUACUGCAAGCUUCUUGAGGAGAACUCAUUCAGAGGACGGACUGCAGAUUUCUUUUACAUGCUUUUAUUUGGUGCCACUACUUUGACUGGAAUUGUUCUCUUAGGUGGAAUGAUACCCUUUGUGUCGGAGAAAUUUGCAGGCAUUGUGUUCCUCAGUAAUUCAUUGACUUUUAUGAUGGUCUAUGUCUGGAGCAAGCAUAAUCCUUUCAUCCACAUGAGUUUCUUGGGCCUUUUCACUUUUACCGCUGCCUAUCUACCAUGGGUUCUGCUGGCAUUUUCCAUUUUGCUUGGAACCAGUACUUGGGUGGAUGUCUUGGGUAUGAUUGCUGGUCAUUCUUAUUAUUAUCUUGAAGACGUUUACCCGCGGAUGACUGGUCGUCGCCCACUGAAGACCCCUGCCUUUAUCAAGUCACUGUUUGCUGAUGAGAAUUUAGUUGUCACACCGCAGGCAAAUGCAAGAUUUGCACCUCCAGCACCGCAGGACCUUCACCAAGAUUGAUAGUGUCAUCAAGAGAUGGAGAUUUGAGAUGGUCUUUGCUGAAAUAUGAUGUGUCCGAGACAUUGUAGUGAUGAGCAUUAAGAGUUUCAGAUAUAUAUAGGAUCUUCACAAUUGAGAUCUGAUAACAAAGCAGUUCCUCUUGUAAAAGGCUAUUUGAUGCCCAGUUGUGCAUAUCAAAAUGAAAACAUGACAUUGUUUUAUUUCUAAUGUAAAUGCUGUGUACCCUUCCCGUGACUAAUUAAUAUCUGACAGGAUUUGAUGAAGCCUAAA